GUAGAAAUACACACCGUCAAUGAUUAUACCCUGUCACUGGGACCAUAAGACUCUACCAUACAAACCUGCCCAACCUAGUCUUAUUUUUUACCUCAUUCCAGAUGAUCCAGUGCCACGUGUGUUUCUCCCAAACGCUCGUGGAGAGUACUACAACCUAGUCCCUGGGCUGCCGUACAUGGAGCUUUCUGAACUGGAGCCUGUGUAUUUGCUGGAGUAUGCGCCACCUUCGUUAGUGGUUGACGCAGCCACGCAGACAUAA